AUGCCGCCCAUCAUCUAUCCCCUGCCCUAUGUCGAAACAACGUUCAGGACGCGCGAACAGACAGAGGGUCUCCUCCGUCCAGAGCUCGAGCAGGGAGUUAUCUCCCACCACGACUUUACCGCCGCCUGCGAGUUCUACCCCGACCCCAUACGCAGACGCAUGCCCAUAGUGCUCGCUGCAGUCUCCACCCUCUCCGUCGGCAUCUACGCCCUCGUCAAACGCCCCCGUCCCUCCCCCACCCGUCUCUUCGUCACCGGCACCUUCGCCACCAUCGGCGGCACAGUCCUAGGCUCCUACAGAGCCCUCAAAGCGCACAAGAACUUCGUCGAUACGCUCGACAGUCCGCGUGACUUCUUCCAGGCUCUCGAGAAUAUCAACGCGAGGGCGGGCGGUAAACCGCUCGGGAUCGUACCAAGUUCGUCUGAAUCUGAGGGAGUAUCAUCUUCGCAAGUUCAGAAUGGGACAGGGGCACGGAAUGUGGCGACGAUUGAGGAACAAAUCAGACAGGCCGUUGCGGCGAGAGAAUCACAGUCUCGCUCUGCCUCUCCGUUCGCCGACGACGCUGCACCGGAACCUGCGAACGACGGAUUCACGACAACAGACUCGGAAUCUAGUCCUUCAUUCUCCACUGUCCCAUCCAAACCCCCCGUUCCCUCCCAAACCCCAUCCUCAUCAACAUCAACACACCCACCCAGCCGCUGGGACGCCAUCCGCGCCGCGAACACAAACGCGAACCAAGGCUCCUCCUGGGAUCGUCUCCGUGCCCAGGCCUCCCAGUCCCAGUCCCAGUCCCAGGCCUCAUCCCAGUCACAAUCCCAGUCCCGACAACCACAACGCCCCGAAUCUCAAUCUCAACCAGACGCUCCCGAAGAACCCUCAUCACAGGACUUCUCAGACCCCGCCGAAGCAGACCGCGCGCGCGAACAGGCAAAGUUCGACGCGAUGCUCGAGGAGGAGAGGCGGAAAUCGCAAGUUGGGGAUGGGGCGUUGGGGGCGGAGGAUUCAGGGAUGAGGUCGUGGAGGGCUUGA